CUUAACUGAAGUGCAGUAUAAACAAUACUAGAGCUUGUGUUUCGGCGGAAUAUUACUUUUUGUACCACAAUGUUCCGUUAGUGUAAGGCAUUGUUAAGUUAUUAUAUUUAUUAUAAGUCAGCAACAUAUUAAUUCCUGUGUAUUGCUUAUUUUAAACACGUUAAAGAAUUUGCUUCAUCUUUUGCAAUUUGUUGCUGAAAUGGAUUGUGAAGGCACUGUAAUUAUAUCUUGUGGCACUUUGACUUCUGAAGAUAUCAUUUGUAAAAUUUUAGGUGUGGAAACACUACCUGAAAGCAUUGCAUCCGAUUAUGCUGUGAAAGGAUAUCUCUGGAACUGCAAAAAUAAAUAUUAUUCUACAAAAAUAAACCUUUAUGCUUUGGAAGAAAAAACAGAAUUGGAUUUAUCUUUCUGCAACAACAUUAAAGCUGUUAUUUUUUAUUUUGACACUCAAAAGCAGUCUAGUUUUGAUGAUGUUGCGAGUUGGCUGCCAUACCUGAAAGAUAUUGAUUCUGAGGUUCAGUUACUAUUAUGCAACGAUUGUCCUGAAGAAAACAGUAAUCCAGCUCUGGAGAGAAAAAAUAUCCUUAAAUGGUGUAUUGAAAAUCAGUAUGAAUUAGUGGAGCUCAAUCCAGUACCAGAAAGUGAUGAUGAAGAUGAACAAACUUUCAACUGUGCAAAAGGAUUUGACCGAGUUAUUGAAGCUCUUCAAUCUUAUGCAUGGGCUGAUUUAGUCUUUGAAGAAGAUAAACCUUCUGCUUCUGGAAAAGAAAAAGGAAAUUCAUCAGCCUCAAAUAAAGAUGGAUGCAAAACACUUAAAGUUGAAGAUCUAGAACUUGAUUUAGAAGAAAAAUGGUUGGAUGUCUUAAGAGGAGAAGAUCCUGGUGGGGAAUCAUUUGAAGCCCUCUUUGCCAAAUUUGCUAGUAUGAAGGAAAGAGCAUCUGGUCUAACAGGUGAUGACAGAAAGAAGUAUGCUGAAAAAGUUGCUAUUGCUUUUUGGCGAGCUACAGGUGGUAAUGAAGAUGAAAUUGAAGGUCUUGAUGAUAGUGAUGAAUAACAAGCGGCAUGUGUUUGGCAUGUACAUAUUAUGUAUAAAGCAUAUGUUAAGUGUUCAAUAAAUAUGAAGUUUCUUAAA